AUGAGUGAUGUUAAACUUGCGGUCUUGGGUGGCAAAGGCACAGGCAAAUCUGCCCUUACAGUAAGGUUUCUUACUAAACGAUUCAUUGGAGAAUAUGCUUCUAAUUUUGAAUCCAUUUAUAAUAAACACUUGUGUUUGGAAGGGAAGCAACUGAAUCUUGAAAUCUAUGACCCAUGUUCUCAUCCACAGAAAGCAAAAUUCUCCCUCACAAGUGAGCUCCACUGGGCAGAUGGGUUCGUGAUUGUAUAUGACAUCAGCGACAGGUCUUCAUUUGCUUUUGCCAAAGCACUUCUCUACAGAAUUCAGGAGCCGCAGUCCACUCACUCUAAAAGGUAAGGCCUUUCAUUCCUCUCGGCAGUUUGUCUGGUUGGUAACAAGCAAGACCUUUGCCACAUGAGAGAGGUUGGCUGGGAAGAAGGACAGAAGCUAGCACUGGAUUAUCGCUGCCAAUUCUGUGAACUGUCAGCAGCAGACCAGUCCCUGGAGGUAGAGGUGAUGUUUCUCAGAAUCAUCAAGGACGUUCUGACAAACUUCAAACUCAAAGAGAAACGGAGGCCCAGUGGGUCUAAAUCAAUGGCCAAAUUGAUCAAUAAUGUAUUUGGGAAGAGAAGGAAAUCUGUUUAG